UACAUAGCGUUUGCACCUCAGGCUGUUCAGAUUGUACCUCCAACAUCCUGAUUCCUGAUGCAUCAAAAAUGGCGGUUUUCUGAAAUCAUGCUCAGUCGCCCAUGCUCAAUGGGGUCUCAAGCAGUUCAAUUUUUCUGCGAAUUCAAAAGUCCAGCUUAUCGUAAUCACUUCCGCAGAUUCAUAGAUGACGGCGGCCGAACCAAUUACAAGGCGUGUCGGUGGCGGUUUUUUACCGGUGGCCGGAGGUGGAAUUGGGAGGGGAAUUCGAGACCUAACCGACGAUCCAGAUUUAGCGACUCUUAUUCAGCGGACGAGUUCGAUGAGGAGGAUGUGUUAGAGUUCAGGAACGCUGUGAAGCAGAGGGUUUGGUGGUCCGAUGAUGAUGAUGAGGAGGAAGAUGGUUUUGGGAUUCUCGAAGCUUCGAUUGGAUUCGAUUGGGUGUUUAAGAUACUUAGAGCCUUUGGAUGGAUGGUUCCAGCAGUUGUGAUCUAUUUUUUUAUGGACAGGGGCCCUGAUUCUAUCCUCAUGGCAGUUGCUCUUCCCCUUGCUCAGUCAGCAUUUUAUCUAGUUGCGGACAUGCUGUGGGGGAGGUCCGAUGAAACCCCAAAACGCAAGUCUAAGAGGAAGAAGAGGCCUUUCACUGGUCGUUCUAGAGCAAGAAAAGAAAAGGGAGGCCAAACCCGGAAUAGGAAGGAAGCUGGGAAUUACAAGUCAUGGUUCGAAGGCAAUAAUAACAAUGCAAAUGAGAGCAGGAAUCGUCAAGAUUUUGGAGGGUGGGACGAGCUAGAUAAUCCAGUGAGAGCGGACAAGGAUCCUCAUGUGGCGCCUAUUAAGAAGGAAGAGGAACCAGUAUCGAACGAGUGAUUUAAGAUAACUUGAGAACAAAGGGUGAAGUCCAUUGCUCAGCAGACUCUUGAUUGCAAUAUUCCCAUUCAUGGGAUUUUGGACCAAGCUAUUCUGAUCUCUAGAUUGCAUACAAAGUUGUCCCCAUUCUUAGACAAAUCAGCUUUCAAUUGCUAAGCUCGCUUGACUUAUAAACCGGUGGGUCGACACUGCUCUUAAAGGUUCGAUUUUUUUGGCUCCAGUUAGUUCUCCCAUUUCAGUCAUGGAUUACAUUAUGAGCCUUUGCCAUGGUUUUGACUGUUAUUAUUCGUUGUGUCGUUGUGUCACUGUUAUUGUUUGUUGUCUCAUUCAAGAACCUGUAUACAUCAUUUUGUGUUAAACAGCGAAUGAGGUUGAAUAUAUACCGUCUUAUGGAAUGUGAAA